AUGAAACUACUGUCGGCGCCUCUCUGCCUGUUAUUCACAGCUACUGAUGUUUCUGCCCAGAGCCUCGGUAGUGUCUCGGACUCUUUGAAGGACUCUUUUUCGGAAUCCAUUUCCAACAUUAAGAAUGCGCUAUGGAGGAGUCCAAACAUAACUAGCUCCAUUGACGGCAGUCAUGAAAUCAAAGUGACUGUCAGUCCUCUUGUGGAUAGUAUCACCAUUGAAUACGGUUAUGAUGCAAGCCCACUAUACGCAUCGGAUAACAAUAAUCAUCGUCGAUUGGAAGCUCUGCUUUCUUCGAAUCAAGUGCUGCUGCAAGAACAAGAAUUCCAAAGCAGAAGCACCAGCAGCAAGAUAAAUAACAGAGCACAUGCCGGUAGAAAUAGACGACGACUUCAGCAAGACUAUGAUCCAUUCUUUGUAUUCGGUGGUACUGUCCAAGGAGAAUACGUCCAUGGAUCGCACUACAAAGCGAAUUGGAACGAAACCUUUUCGGUGCUGGUGGAACCGGCAGCGAAUAAGAAAUCAGAGCUCUAUGUGCUUAUGGACGAAGCCUCAAAAACAACCUUUCCUUGCAUCUAUUUUCCAUAUGGCAAUUUGACGACCGCGGAUGUCAUUGCUAUGGUUUCUCUGGACGAUGCCAUUGCUUCGGGUGGCGAAGUAGGACAUGUCUCAUUCAAUACGUCCACCGGUGCCUUUACUCUCUACUCGAACGAAACGGCUGUCCCAAAUUCGGCUGGAGGACAGUUUGUUCCUGACGUCUAUGUAUCUGGAAGCAUCCCUGGGUCGAAUACAUCUCUUUCAAACUUAUUUGGAGGAAUCGAUGGGACGGUCUUUGAUUGGACACCAACUUCCAAAUUCACAGUGACAACUCUUUCGGCGAAAGACUACCUUAUCAACCGGGGAGUGGAAAAGCUUACUAUUGAUGUAUAUGCCGAGAACGAAAACCUCGGUCUUUUUGCGUUUGCUCUUUUUGACGUUGAUACUCAAGGCAAUGUGGAACUCGCAGAUCUAGGGUUGGAAGGAGGCAACCAGCGCAGUCAGCGACCUUCUUCCGCUGUAGAACUUGUCACUGGUACAAGUGUUUUUCUUGCAAUGACGACAAGCUUGUUGAGCUCCUGGUAG